AUCUUUGAGCGUGUCAAAUAUGAAUAAUAUUUUUUGAAAUAUCAGUUGGUACCACGGAGCUGGUCAUAUUUAUCUACUGCAAACAUUGCAUCAGUCGCAAGGGUCAUUUCAUCGGCUUUUAUUCUCUGUCUACGUAACUACAGACCUAUAAAAGAUAACUGUCUUUCGGUGACCAUCAUUUUUGUUGGCUUCAAGUUGGAUAGAACAUUGGUUGAUCUAUAUAGGGAGAAAAAAAAAUUGCCAAACAUGGCUAAUGGAAUGUACUAUCUCACAUUCGUGAUUGCAAUUUUAGUGGUGACCGUUGGAAUUCUCAAAGUAGCUCCUAUCGAACCUGGACAUGGUUUUAUGGUAUCGAAGAUGAACGAAUAUGCCACGGUGACCCCACUGCGAUACAUCGGGAUUCAACUCUCUGGAACCGGAUUUCGAACCCUCAUCGCCAUCCUCGAGAUCGCAUUCGGAUCCCUCCUUGCGUUCGGCCGUAACGACUGGCCUGUCGUCGCCGGGUUCGUCGCCCUGGCGAUCUCGACCAAUGGCCUCCUGUGUCAGGUGGCGCUUCGCGAAGCAGCAGCAGAUUUUGUGGCCCCCAUUGCGAUAUUUAUUGCGAUUGUUGUGAUGAUCUUUGGAAGUGGUGGCCUGGUGGGUCGACGUGGUAAGGUGCAUCUCUCUUAAACGUUGGACCCGGGCAUUGGACUCUUAUAUCGUGAUACCGACAUGAUCAUCAACUUGGGAUAUAUUCGGACAUACUACGGAAGAAGGGGGCAAUAGAGACCGCCCUUGUGAUUUUACAAGUAGUGAAAAAUGGGAAUGGUAUAUAAAAGAGCACAAAACAAAAUGGUAUUAGUUUUGAAACUAUGGCUCUGCAAUUAAAUUGAGAAAAUUACCGCCCCCCCCCCAUUCAUCAAAAUGUCCUAGUGCUGCUGUGGACAUGCACCCUCUUCCCUCUGUUGAGGGGGGGGGGGGAGGGAGGUAACCCUAAACCACCAUAAACAUCAUCUUUACAAAUAAUUGAUUUCCGGAUAUUGAAUAGUACCUCCCCCCACCCCUCCCAUCUCGUCAUGUCAAUGUGAAUUCCAUAAAUUGUCUUUCUUCACUGGUCACGGUGAUUUUAUAAGGCUACUUUUGUCUUAUCUAGCGGUUAUGAAUGAUGUCUGUGAUAUUAAUGACCGGAAUCAAUGACUUGUAUCAAACGCAUGCAUAUUGUUCUUUAUAUAAUGAGAACAAUGACGUUUUAGGGGCAUUAUUACAUUACUGCUGAGGAAGUGCCAAAAAACUCACAAUGUAGAAAUACUGUAUUUUAUUUAACACUGUUAGCAUGGUUAGAUGUAGUUUUGCCAAACCUUCAACAUUUUUUUUCUUUGUGUCUAUCUGUUUAAAACUAAUUUGAUAUCAGGAUAUAUGCCCACCCCCCUUUAAGAAAAAAAGAUGAGUAGAGCAUGGUUACUAACUCAAAAAAUAUUCCAAUUGAAUCCUCCGCACAAACACCCGAUUGGACACCUAUCAAAUCGGACUAGACAAUGGCCUAUAAUUUGAUCCACUAAAUCGAUGCCUUAUACGAUGAAAAAAUAAAGAUGAUAAUGAGUGGUGUGAAUAUUAGGCAAUAAUUGUUUUGUAUGAAAUACAUAUUUUAACGAUGAAGAUAAUGUUCUGGCUAAGAUUGUUAAGGGCACAGUAAAAUAUCAAAAUAUUUUAGUCGUUUUGUAAUGCAGGGUGGUAGUCUAAGUUAUUAACAGGAUUAUAUGAUGGACUUACAUCGUAUGUAACCGAAUGCAGGGUAUACACAUUUCUUUCAAUUCAUUGAAAAAAAAACAUCUCAGAAAAUUAGAGAGAUAAAUGAAAAGUGGUGUUUAAUCAUUCCGAAGAAGACUUGAAGUAAACAAAAAAUAAUAAUAAAGAAUUUUAAUCUUGAAUCUUUAAAUAUUUAACAUUAAUCUGUAUCUUUUGUAUAGAGAAUAUUUAUAGCAUGGGGUGAAUACUAAAACACAUCAAUUGGAAAGUAUAAGGUGAUGAUUCCCUCAUCAACAUGAUGAAUAAAACUUUUCAAUAUAUAGCGAUUAAUUAUUAGUGGAUUUUUAUGACGCAUAUCUUCAACAUCAAUGGGACCUUUAUAUAAUCAUAAUUGAUUUUAAUUAUAUCAAUAUAAUUAGUGCCUUGUCUAUAAUGUAGCGAUGUACUCGUUGUGACGCAUAUCUUACACAUAAAUUAAUUUAGAUGUUACGCUGCAAUUUUGUAAAACAUGAACAACGAUGCUUAGGCCUAUCUCAUCGCUGGGAAAUAUGGAUUCGAUCAUGUCAUAUCGAUUUAAUAUGAAAACACUGUGUUUACAAUCUGAUAAUGUCAGAGGCCCUCCCCUUCUCUCUUUCAGUCACAAAUUAAUUUGUAC